GGAUUACAUAUCGAAUCUGAGGUUAUAGUUUAUUGUAUAAGCUAUUGUCUUUGGUUGGUGGCCCACAGUUUUGUUGGUUAUACAGUAAAUGUACCCUCACGAUGCGGCCAUUUAAGUUUGGUUGGCGUUCCACAAAGGAACUCCCAGAUCUUCAUGAAGAAGUUAUCCAGGGAAAUAUAAACCCUAUCGCAAUGUCAAAUUCGGCAAAGACAAGUGUUUCCCCUAUCAGUACAACACAAGCCAGUACAGCGUGCCACGCAGAUGCCAAAGAGCAAGAUAUAUCCUAUGAUUACUACCAGUUGUAUAGAGGAGAAUCAGAUACCGAUAGUGAUGAAUUCUACGAUACAAUCGGCGAUAUUUACACCUUGGGAGUUACGGAGAGUAAUGACAAGGCCGCUUUGUACGGUCGAAUGAUGCAUUAUUAUGCAGACCAAACUGGUAGGAUAUCACAUCCACAUAGUAGCCGCAGCAAGCUGGUACUAUGGUAUAUGCUAGUAAUCUUGGUGUCUAAUCCCAUAAUAGGGUUGUAUACCAUGCGCCACUUCAAAGACUGGGACACAUGGGUAACGCGAGAUGUAGUUAUCACGGAUGCCGUGAAGCCAGUGCCCUUUGUGAACGUUAGCCCAUCAGCACCCCAACUGCGCAGUACGCCAACAGAGGAAUUGCCGUUAACACUGUCGCACGAAGAGCAUGGGAUUCUCUCUAAAGUAGCAAAGACGUUUUCACGCAAGGUUACCUGGUAUGCCUACUAUGAAGUGUUUGGCGAAUUGGUGUUUGCACUGUUUACGUUAACGCUUUUAUGCACAAGUGGAAUGUGCUGCACUAACGGAGAGCACAGGGUACAGUCGAUGAUACCCGUUAUCGGUGUACUGUACACCAUGAUAUACAAGCUCCUGGCGAUGUACGUACUGAUACUUAGUUUCAAGAUACUGUUCUUUUACCUAGUGGCAGCACACCCAAAUGUGGCACAAAGCUUGCCCUUGGUGUUAAUAAAGCUGCUAGGGUUACCAGGCACUGACGCGUCAAAUCCAGCGGAAUGUGCCGCAAUGUCCCAGCUAGUACAGCUGGAUAAGGUAGCACACCGAUGGGUGCUGGUGUACUGCCUAGAGAAUGUCUAUAUCACUAUAACCGAGUCGAUAGAGACGACAUAUGCAUUGUAUAACAUCCUGAAGAGAUGUGUAAAGAAGGUGCUUCGCAAAAUACGAAGACAACAGGAACUAGUCUACUUCACCGUGGGAAGCCCGUCUAACGUGGAGUCAAGCUCUAGCGGCUCAGGUAACUACUCAUGUUCAUACAUGCUGUUGGACAGCUUAUUGAACAAGGUCUCCGCUCCACAGGAAAGUUAUAUCCACCACCUGUACAACAACCCGAAAACGGAUGUUGGUACAUACCUAGCAAACGUAGACGUCGAAAUGUUUCAACAUGGCAUAGAAGAAGUAGGAGCCAAACUGUUAAGCAAACUUGGCAAGAAAAACAAUGUAUAACAUUAAAAUAUAAUGAGUCCAGCAGUAAA